GCUCAGAAUGAAUCAGGAAGUCCGUCAAUUUAAACGGUGACGAAGCAGAUCAUUAGAUGUCGUGUUCGUGACGGUCAUUAUCGGCAGUGAUAAAUGAAACAUGUAGACUCGCAAUUUUAUUCCAGAGUAUAAAAGAAUGCACUGAUGCAGAUGUAAAGCCUGUCAAUUCUGUUCUGCGUUUAUCAUUUCGCGGAUAGCUUUACAAAGCAGUGAAGUGAACAUUUCAGUGAAAUAAACUCUAGUCGAAGACAAGCAACUUGCAGAAAUGGAGACACCAAAAUGGCUGAAUCAAAUCUUCGUGGAGAAGAUCCUACGAAAAUCAGAAGGCGACAACUCAAUCCAAGUGAUCAAUGUAUUUUCGAAACCGGCCACAGCCAAGGGUGACAAUUAUACCAGUGACAUGAUUAGGGUUAUUGCUGAAUUUUCACGUGAUCAAGGCGAUCGUAAGAUUGCAGAAAAGAUAUCAAUCAUCGUCAAAGUUUCGCCUAUACUUAAAGGCCUUCGACAGGAUUUUGUUACACAGUCAGGUAUCUUUCACGUUGAAAUAUUGAUGAUGUCUGAUACAUUAGAUAAAAUGAAUAAGUUAUUAGGACCAAAGUACCGAUUAAGUGGGAAAGGUCUCUACGUGCAAAAUGAAAAUCCAACACUUCUGGUGAUCGAGGAUCUCGCUCCUCUCGGUUUUCGCAUGGCCUGUCGUCUGUCUGGUCUUGACCUAGACCAUACUGUAUUGGCGCUUCGCGGAUUAGCCAGAUUUCACGCAGCUUCUGUCACUCUAUGCGAAAAGGAACCAAAACAAAAAAAGAUGUACUCGAAAGGAAUGUUUAAUGACCAACAUCCGCCAGAAAUGAGAGAUUUUUUCAUUAUGAGUGUUAAAGCUUUGGCAGAGGAGAUCGCAAAUUGGCCAGAAUUAAAAAAAUACUCGGAAAAAAUUGCUAAACUUACCGACCACAUAUAUCAAAUAGGAAUAGAUGCAACGAAGUUAUCUGAAGAUGAAUUCAAUGUCAUUAAUCAUGGUGAUGUCUGGGUGAACAAUAUGUUGUUCAAAUAUGACGAUAAUGGCAAACCUAUUGAUCAUAUUUUUGUGGACUUCCAACUGUGCGUAUACACGUCGCCGGCAAUUGAUCUUCUCUAUUUUCUUAACACAAGUCCUUCCCCAGAUAUUAUAGAAAAUAAAAAAGAUAUUCUAUUAAACGAAUACCUUAGCACGUUGUCGGCGACUAUGAAGCAACUAAACUGCAAGACACAAUCACCUACUAUGGAGGAGUUAAAGUUUACUCUAAGACAAAGAGCUAGCUAUGGAAUGAUAUCAUCUUUCACAGUUUUGCCAAUAGUACUGUGCUGUAAAACUGAGGCAAAAGAUUUGGAUGAAAUCAUGAGUACUGGUACUUUUGUAAAUCCAGGUUUUAAAAGCGAAGCUUUUAAAAAAAUAAUGAUGCAAAGAAUUCCAAUGUAUGACGAAUGGGGUUUACUAGAUCUUUAAUAAUAAAAAGAUUAUUUGAAAUGUAAUAGAAGUAGAAAUAGAAAUGUAAUAGAAUAUAAACAUAAUAAUAAAAAGUUGAAGAAGAAA